AUGGCGUCAAAAGUCUCCUGGUUUCCUCUCCUGGUGCUGUAUUCCUUCUGGACAUCACUCGCGAGCGCGGUGAGCGGUCAAGAACCGCUGAAGACCCUCCAAGAAGCACGAGGCUACAACCCCGGCGAACCAAUCCCAGUAACCUGUCUCAACCGCACAAUCGAAACAGGCGAACACAUAACCGACGUCAACGGCCAACUGCAAUACAUCCCCUUCCCGACCUGCAACGAAACCAACCGCCCGCUCGAACUCUUCUUCGGCAUCGAGCGCGAAAUCAAUUGUACGAUUGAUUUCGUCACCGACGAGUUCUUCCACCUCCUCGAAUUCUAUAUCCAUAACGAUGCGCCCCUCACCUGCCGUAUUCCGUCAAAGCCGCUCCCGCCGAGCGUGCUUGAGCAGCAGUACCGAGUCAGCGAUGAGGUCACGCAAGAGGGUGCCCUAGGGAGUCAGUCAACGUUGUAUACGCCCCUGGUUGUGGGGUUGGCGGGGACAUUGCAGCUCAGUCAUUUGCAUGUCGGGAAUAGUCUGAAUUUGCUGCUGCAUGCUGCGGAUCGGAAAGAGAGCCCGGGGACGAUUGAUGCGGCCACAGCGUAUAGCAUUGCGAGUCACACCCGCAAUACGAAAAUCACGAUUGGUGACCCGCUGCCGCUGAGUUUCAGCGUCAGGUGGUAUCCGAGUACCACGCUCCCGCCGGGGUGGAGCGGGUAUGGAGGGCAUAUUUACAAGAGUACGCUGUUGUAUUGUUUGUUGAGUGCGGGCGCGAGUGCCGCGGUUUGUGUUGCGUAUUUUAGGGGUGUGGAGUUGCCGAGACGGUUGAGGGUUUACGCGAGAGAUAAAAUGAACGGGGGGAGUAGGUUUGGAAUGGGUGGGGGAAUAGGUGGCGGAAUGGGUGGUGGGAGUGGAUACGGGCUGCCGAUGCCGAACGGCGGGUUGAAUAGGAACGGGAGUGGGUAUGGGUUGGGUGGGUAUGGAUAUGGAGGAGGCAGUCUUGGGAAGAAGGACUGA